AUGGAUGGCAAUUCCGAAGCAAAGCGCACAGCGUCCAGUCAGCACCAGAAUGCUCCAUCAGGGGCCUCUGAACAGCCCAAGAGCUCGAUGGUGAAACGUAUACUGAAGAACUUCAAGAUAGCCCUGCUUCAUAGUUGGGUCAAUGUCUUGUUGGUGUUCGUACCGGUCGGUAUUGCCGUCCAUUUUGCCGGUGUCGACCCCAACGUGGUCUUUGCCCUGAAUGCCGUGGCCAUCAUCCCCUUGGCUGGCCUCUUGACGUUUGCCACAGAAAGUGUUGCACAUCGACUUGGUCCAACCCUGGGUGCUCUGUUGAAUGUCAGUUUCGGUAACGCGGUUGAACUGAUCAUCUUCAUCAUUGCCCUUGUCAAGAAUGAGAUUCGCAUUGUCCAGGCAUCCCUCAUCGGCUCCCUGCUGGCGAAUCUGCUUUUGAUUUUGGGAAUGGCAUUCUUGAUUGGUGGCCUCGAGUAUCGGGAACAGAUAUACGACAGCACUGUCACCCAGAUGUCGGCUUGCUUGUUGGCGCUUGCUGUCCUCAGUCUGCUGAUUCCAACGGCGUUCCACGCUUCCUUCAAUGAUUUGGCCAUUGCAGAUCGAGCCGUUGUCAAACUCAGCCGUGGGACCUCAGUGAUUCUUCUGAUCAUAUACUUUCUUUACCUAUUGUUCCAACUGAAAUCUCAUGCAUACCUCUAUCAAGGGACUCCUCAACACAUCAUCGACGAGGAAGCGGUGCCUGGAUUCUUGGCUCGUUUCGAUUCCACAAGCUCGUCGUCCACCAACCAGUCGCGGACUUCAACCCAUAGCUCGGGAUCGCAGCGCCGCGUUCGUAAGCGAUUGAGAGCGCAGUUAGGCAGAAAGCGACACCAGAAGACUGAAAUUGAACACGAGGAUGAUGUGGAGGCCGCCCCUCACGUCGAUUCAGCUCUGCCGGACAUUCUGGCGGAGAAGACAGAAGAACCAGAGGAAAUGGCCGUAGAGCUGCACCCGCCCAUGGCUGCGCCUACGACUGCCCCAUAUAUUUCAGCCAAGGAGAAGAAGCCGAUUUUGGGCCCUCGAGGGAUCUCCUUCCGUACACCACCAGUGUUCCGGUCUACGACACUCCCGCCCACGAGGAAUAAGAACCCGCCAGAUCCUCAUAUUCACAAUCUCCGCCGAUACCGGUCAAACCCCGACCACACUCCAAACUUCCGUCGGGACUCCUCAGGUCAAGUCCGUCGUGGUGCCCCCAGCAGUAUCCCCGAAGAAACUGUCGAUGCACCUCCAAUUGGCCAAACCGCCUCGAUCGUCCUACUGCUCAUUUCCACCGCUCUUGUAGCGUUGUGUGCCGAGUUCCUUGUGGGCAGCAUCGAGCACUUGGUGGACAAUUCGCCGUUAUCCGAGGCGUUUGUCGGGCUGAUCAUCUUGCCCAUUGUCGGCAAUGCCGCCGAACACGUCACGGCGGUGACGGUGGCGGCAAAGAAUAAACUCGACCUGGCACUGGGCGUGGCCCUUGGAAGUUCCAUCCAGAUCGCCCUGUUUGUCACGCCGGUGGUUGUCAUCCUCGGAUGGAUCCUGAGCAAGGACAUGUCGCUCUACUUCAGCCUCUUCGAGACAGGGUCGCUGUUCGUGGCCACCUUUAUCGUCAACUUUCUUGUCCUCGAUGGGAGGAGCAAUUAUCUUGAAGGUGCGCUUUUGUGUGCGUGCUACAUUAUUGUUGCGUAA